GCGUCCUAAUACAACCAUUUUCAUCUGCGCUGUUUGUGUACGUUUUGUGGCGGAAUCUGUUGCUCUUUUACUCAGUUUCCUUCCGUUUGUCGUCAGGUUUGACCUCAAAAAGUUGUGUUGUGGUCCAUAACUUGUAAGGACAAUGACAGUUUAAAGAAUUGUUAUCACUGACUGAGUUCAGUGUUACGACUGCAUACCGGUACGUGUUCAGAUCCGGCUUAGAAUCCCUUCAUGUUGUGAGCGGAUGAUCCAGUCAUGGCCUACUCCCAGUCAGCUUUCCACACCAUCUCCCAGCUGACGGAUUAUCUCCUGAUUAGCAGCGCCCAGGCCGCCCGCAGUCCCACCCACCUCCAUGCCCGCGGAAUCACUCACGUCAUCAACGUUACGCUCCACACCCAGUGCGCCAUGCCCAAAUACCCGAAGGAGAUCACGGCCACCCGCAUCCCCAUAGACGACGUCCCCUCGGCGGGUCUGUACAACUUCUUCGACAAAGUCGCCGACAUGAUCCACGACGUCAAGAGGAAAGGCGGGCGGGUUCUCGUGCACUGCUUCGCCGGUCGCAGCAGAUCGGCGACGCUUUGCAUCGCGUACCUCAUGAAGUACAGCAGCAUGACCCUCCGCCAAGCCCACGCUUAUGUGAAAGCCCGCCGGCCGCUCAUCCGCCCCAAUCCGGGGUUCUGGAAGCAGAUGAUCGCCUUCGAGAAAGUUCUGUUCGGCAGAAGCAGCGUCAGAAUGGUGAAUUCCAAGUUUGGGCUGAUACCCGACGUGUAUGAGGCAGAGUUUAAGAAUAUGGUGUGGUGAUUGAAAAAGGCGUUCAAAUGUGCAUUAUAUCGGCUGAGAUUGAUGUCAAAGUUGCAAGCAAAUUGUAGUCAAGUCAUUUUAAGCAUUACUAGUCAUCAAAGCCAAAACAAGCCAUUCAGUCACAUAUGAGAAUUGUGACAAAGAUACAUACUUCUUUGCCACAAUUCACCCCGAGACAAAUAACAAGGUCCUGUUGAUACAAAUGUAGAGUAAGAA